AUUGCUGUAGUUCUCCUCAGCUUUAUAAAGCAUUUUAGCCUCUUUUAGCCCUUUUUGUUUUCCAGCCCAAACCUCCGCUGUCAUCAAAUUUUAAUAAUUAUUUUUAUUUGCAGGGGGAAAAAAAGUUUUUGCAUUAUAAAAAAAAGGUAUUUUACCAGUAAUUAUAUGAAGCAAAUGAGACAAAACUUUUACAUGUGAUUAGAAACAUCUGUCCAAUAUUUCAUCAGAUAUUCUUUUGUUUACCUUUGGCCUCCUUUAAUAAAAAGUACACAUUUGGAUACAUAUAUAAUAGUUCGACUAUUUCUCUUCUUUUUUCUCUUACUUGCCAACUUGUCUUUGUUCACUGUGGCUGCUGAAAGUAUGUCAGUGGGUUACAUUGACACCAUUGCGGGGCCGUAAGGAGGGAGGAGCCGAUGAACUAGGUCACAUGGAUGCACAUUCGACUCGAAACAGUCGCUGCAACAAACCCAGUCUUUCACACCGCUGAGUUCCGCCUGCAUCGCAGCGUUUCUCCUGAACCAUCGCUGAAUGGAAAACUGUAUUUCUAGAUACACCUCGAUUGCACUGAAAACAGACGAGCAGCGUAUCUCUCUCUCUCUCUCUUUGGUAGAAUAAAGAGACUUCCGGCAUCGAGGACAAAAAAAAAACUGCCUUUUUUAGCCUCAUUGAAACCGGUCUUUGAAAACUUACUGCUUCGGUUUUUUUUAUGCGAGAUUUAUUUGGGGGUUGCAUUCGUAUCGCUUAGUCCUCGAUCGUGUUUCAGGUGUUGUUAACUCUAAAUGUUGUAGCUUCACAGCGACUUUUCAGUUGCUGAACACAAAAACAGAAUCACGGCUUCAGCACUGAGGUAGCAUCGGAGGAGGAAAGCCCCCCCCAAAAAACCUCAGAGGAUAUGGAGUCCACCAAAGCCGGAGGCGUAAUAGCCUACAUCAGCUCGGCCAGCUCUGGCCCCGAGUCGUGCCACAGCGACUCCUCCAACGGCAGCUACCAGUCGUCCUCGCCGCCCCGCGGCUCCUCGGCCAACCGCCACCCGCCGAGUCAGCAGGCUGACCCCGCACUCGCACGGGCCGGCCAAAACCUUCCAGGGACCCAGAAAGGCGGACGCUCCACCUCCACUGCAAAAUGUGGCAUCACAAAAAUCAACGGCCUGGUGCUGCUGUGUAAGGUUUGCGGCGACGUGGCCUCUGGUUUCCACUACGGCGUCCACGCCUGCGAGGGCUGCAAGGGCUUCUUCAGGAGGAGCAUCCAGCAGAACAUCCAGUACAAGAAGUGCCUUAAGAACGAGAGCUGCCCCAUCAUGCGGAUCAACCGCAACCGCUGCCAGCAGUGCCGCUUCAAGAAAUGCAUGCUGGUUGGGAUGUCCAGAGACUCUGUGCGCUUCGGCCGAAUCCCCAAGCGUGAGAAACAGCGCAUGCUGCUGGAGAUGCAGAGUGCCAUGAACAACAUGAUGAACAACAGUCAGCUGCACAGCCAGCUGCACAGCAGCCGGACGCUACCUAUCAUCAAACCUCUGCCGGCCAGUGCCACAGAACCUACCUCAGAGGACGCCAGCCCCGCCCCCUCCACCUCUUCCUCCGCCACACCAUGCUCCAGCCAAUCAGAGUCCGGCUCCGACCCUGAACCCACCGUGGCGGCCAUGGACACCAGCUGCAGCUCGGACUCGCCCGGCGCCUCAGACAGCGGGGAGGAGGAGGUGAUCGGCUCAGUGACCAGGGCCCACCAGAUGACCUUCAUGUACAACCAGGAGCAGAGCGGCCUGGCAGCGGAGGCCCCGCCUCCUUCUGGCCCCCCGAAGAGCGGCUCAGCCAAAAACGCCACUAACCUCUGUACAGAGGAGCGUCCGGACACCUGGAACCACCGCAACAACGUGGUCACGGUGGCAGAACAGGACCCUGCCUCCAGCCUGGGCCCCCAGGGUCAGGAGGGCAACACCACCAACCACUGCCCCUUCAGGCUGUCCAGGAGUGCCGCCACCAGCCACUGUCCGGCCCACACACAUGGAUCUUUCGGCGCUCCGUCCUCAGAGGGCCACACCAACGUGGCCUACAGCAGGCCCCUGUGGAGUGGAGGCAACAGAAUGCAUCUGGUUUGUCCGAUGAACACCUCUCCGUAUGUGGACCCUCAGAAGUCUGGCCACGAGGUGUGGGAGGAGUUCUCCCACAGCUUCACCCCCGCCGUCAAAGAGGUGGUGGAGUUUGCCAAGAAGAUCCCAGGCUUCAGAGACCUGUGCCAGCACGACCAGGUCAGCCUGCUGAAGGCGGGCACCUUCGAGGUGUUGGUGGUUCGCUUUGCUUCUCUCUUUGACGUGAAGGACCGCACCGUCACCUUUCUGGGUGGGAUGAAAUACAGCGUGGACACUCUGAGGGCCAUGGGGGCCGGGGACCUCCUCAACUCCAUGUUUGACUUCAGUGAGAAGCUUAUCAACCUGGGCCUCAUUGAAGAGGAGAUGAGCCUCUUCACCGCCGUGGUUCUGGUCUCUGCAGAUCGCUCGGGCAUCGAGAAUGUGAACUCGGUGGAGGCGCUGCAGGAGACGCUGAUCCGUGCUCUGCGAAGCCUCAUCGCCAAGAACCACCCCAACGAGUCGGCCGUCUUCACCAAGCUGCUGCUCAAGCUGCCCGACCUGCGCUCGCUCAACAACAUGCACUCUGAGGAGCUGCUGGCCUUCAAGAAAAUAAUGAAGAAGUAAGAAGUGUCUCUGAGAUCCUGCUGUCCUGUGUGUCCCAAGUGGUGACUUUCCUACCUGCCAAGCAGUCGAGUCACACGAGAUGCUGCUGUAGGACGCUGGGCGCAAGAGAAAACAUCGUCACCAGCAGCUCCAACGUGCUUGAAUACACUUUUCUGUUUUACAAAACUGUACAGGCUUAAGCUGAGUGUAGUUAAACUGAAUGGGUAGUACUAUUCCACAUAAAACAUGAUUGUAAUGUCACUGAUUGUAAUUUAAAAGAAAUAAGCUGAGUCGAGGUGAUGGCUGAGUUGCUGAUGUUCAGGUGUUUUGCGAUGCCAUCUUUUUGUUCCCUGUUGAUGAAUUCAGGAUGUCGGGCCUUUUAAUAUCCAGAGCUUCUGUCAUUGUGUUAACAUUGCUGACAUGUGGCUCUGUUCUCUGUGAAAGGAUUGCAGUAUGCAUAGAUUUCUAUAUAAAUAUACAUACUAUCAUACAUACAUAGCUGUAUAGAUGAAUAUAUCUAUAAAAAUAAAUUUUAUAAAUGCAGUGUA